AUGCCAGGUCCCAAUUUGUUAUAUGGGGAUUUUAAUGAGGUUGUGAGAGUAGAAGAAAGAAAAGGAGCUAAUGCUUUAACAGCAUCAGCGGAAGAUUUUAGAGACUGGAUACGGGAUAUGGAGUUGGCGGAUUUAGAACUAAAUGAUCGCAAAUUUACAUGGUUCAGAGGCCAAUCUUGCAGUCACAUUGAUAGAGUCUUCGUUAGCCUGGAAUGGCUUGAACAGUUUCUUGAGAUACGGCUUAAAGGUAGGACAAGAGGUUUAUAUGAUAAUUGUCCUUUGAUAGUGGAGGACAGUAGAAUAAGAGGGGGGCCGAGGCCAUUUCGAAGUCUGGAUUCUUGGUUCACACAUGAUGGGUUUCUCAGAAUGCUGAAGGUGGAAUGGAGGGGUCUAGGAGAGGUUCAAUUUACUGAAAAGUUGAAGGCUUUGACGAUACCUUUGAGUAGAUGGUACAAGGAGAAGUUUGGUGAUAUUGAUUUGAAGGUACAGCAGUUGGAAGAUGAAAUCAGGAAGUUGGAUGAUUUGGCUAGUGAUGGAGUUUAUGAUGGGACUAUGGAGGCAAGAAGGAGAGCUCUAGUUAACUUCUGUAAGCGUUGGUAUGUUAGGAAGGAAAUCUAUUGGAAGUAG